AUGGCGGAAAUAGCAGCGGCAGGCGCGGCUCUCGCGAAUGGCGCCGGUUCGCUGUUUUCGUAUAAUAAGGAUGUGUUUGUAUUUGACCAAACAUUGCGACAACAGAAAGUUCAUCAAAUUCAAAAUAUUCGCCUCCAACAGGUUGGUUUAUAUCGUGAAGAUCUUCGAGACCUCUUCGGAUUGACAAUAUCUAAGAUGGACAACUACCUAGUAGUGAAUACCUUACUCUUGGGUUUCUGCAUUGCCCUCUUCUACGAUGGAGUGUUGCCGGUCCAGAACCCACCGUGGUUGUGGUGGAUGUGGUGUUUGAACCUUUCUGGGUCUACCAUAUUCCUAUUGAUAUCGAUCUGGUUGUCUUUGCAUGCCUCCAUCACAGCUCAGUCUAUGGCCGUGAAACUCCUCACACAGUGGCUUAGGUUACCAUUACCGAGAACUGAAGAUAUAGCGGCUGCAUCGGCUACUGUUGAGCGGCUUGACCCGCGAAGAACUAAGGCGGAUAUGAAUGUAUAUAAAAAGGUCGAUAAAGAUGGCCGAGUUAGUGGCGAGGGAGAUCUGUUGCACCAUAUUCACUUCAAAUUAUUCGAACAUGUGCAGAAGACCUGGCAGGGUUAUGAUGCUUAUGCUAGGGUGUGUAUGGCUGUUGGCACCAACCAGUUGUUGUUGACACUUAUUGUUUUUGCAUUAGGGUCAACCCUUAUAGGAGAUCGGCAGCCAUGGGCGGCUUGGGUAUUUAUAGUAGUCGUGGCGACGGGCGCGAUGUUGCAUUUCCGAAUUAAUCUCACUCUUACCAAAUGGGAGCUUGUGAUGAUGGUUGGUCUCAUCUACUUGGCGCCUUUGACUGCUGGGGUGGCGGCUACUAUGGACUAUGCUGGUUGGAUAACGGCGGGUAGUGCUUGGGCAUUGGCAUCGUUUGUGCUCAACGAUUUAUGGAUUCUAUUCGUUUUUGCACAAGCGAUGGAAUCGAGGGGAGGCCUACCGGAGAAGUUCAAUACUGUUGAUAUCUCCUCAGAUGUAAUGAGUGAUAAUUCGAUGCAACAUUUUGUGAAGGAUGAACUACAUGGUUUGGGAAUAGAUGCAAAGAAUCCUGGAGAUUUUUUAUGGGGUACUAGUAAUUUGUCGAAGGACUCGGCAGGGCAGGAAACGGUGGAGAAAAUGUGCGAACGUGAAGAAAAAAAAUUGGAGAAAGUUUUUGAUGAUGACGAGAAGUCGUCCGGAAAGCUGUCGGGAGCGCAACAAGAUAAAUUGGAAGAUCUCAGGAAAGAAUUCCAGAAAAUACGUGACGGAUUCCAGUCGAAAGCGGAGCGAAGGUCGAAAGAGGAGGAAGAGUCGACUGCGGAGGAUUGGGUGAAGAUGGCGACGGAAAACUCGGGUUACGAUGAUUCCUCGGUGAACUACUACGUGAAUAAGGUGACGGGCGACAUUCGAUUCAAACCUGUGCUGAGACGGUCUCUGAGCGACACAGUGUCUACUGCUAGUACACUGAGUCGGCCGUCGCAGCCCAAUUCGAGAAGGCUCCAGGAUGCUUUGUGGAAUCUGGAGAAAUCGGUAGAUGAAUUUCAUGAGGAAUGCAAGAAGAGUGGUGACAGUUUGAGAUUAGCUGUAUCUACUCCUGAUAAUUGCCUUUAUCUAUUGCAACGUGAUGACGAUGAUGAUGAUGUUGAUGCUCAAUGGCACCGCACUGCGAAGAUUGACCAGACCCUGAGGCAAUGGGCUGUUCAUCAAGUGCAGGACAUGAGGAUCGCGCAGAUCGGACUUUAUCGCGAGGAUUUGCGAGAUCUCUUUGGCCUGACUAUCUCGAGGAUGGACACAUAUAUGACAGUGAAUUCAGUAGGACUCGCCGUUGCUGUGCACUCAAUAUACUGUGGUAUGAUACCACCUGAUAUUCCUCAACCGAGAGCAGUCCCUUCAUGGCUGUGGUUCAUUUGGAUCCUCAAUUUAUCAGCAAGCACUGUCCUCCUUCUACUAUCCGUUUCCUUUUCCCUCCACGCCUCCAUCGUUGCCCAGUCUCUCGAAGUCAAACUCCUUACUCGAUGGCUAAGGCUGCCUCUCCCUACAAUGUCUGAUAUUGACAAUGCGGCCGACACAUUUGAAAGGUUUGAAUGCACCCCCGUGAGAUCAAUCUUACGAGUACCCCUGGUACAGCGGCUCUCUCAUCGAUGGAAAGCCAAAGCUGGAUCGACUCGGAAGGACGCAAGGGACGUUGGCAAGAACGGUAUGAUGGAUCAUGCUGAAGAUGAGAAGUACACUGUAUCUCACUUUUCGCUUUUCCAACGCCUCCAGAAAGCAUGGCUGGGCUACGACUCCUACGCUCGAGUUUUCAUGGUCUUGGCCACCAACCAGACGCUCAUGACCUUGUCUGAUUUCGCCCUCGGAUCUACGAUGGUGGGAGAUCAUGAGGUGUGGGGCGCCUGGGCAUUUGUCGUUGUUGUCACCACUGCGGCAAUGCUACACAUUAGGAUGAAUCUCACAUUCGAGAGUGAAGACGUGGCUCUGGCCUCGAUCGCCUUUCACUGUCUCUGGUAUUAUUAUCUCGUUCUGCAAGCGUUGGAAGUAUCAGAAAGGCUGCCAAGGAAGUUCAACAUCGUCAGCAUGAGCUCAGAUAUUCUAAGGGACGAAAACCCGCUGCGGAGUUUUGUUGUUGAACAGAUGACGGAAGGACGAAUUAAUAAGAGGAGGCCUGGUGAUUUCGAGUGGGACUAUGAGCGCAAUGGUGAGUUCCCCAUUAGAGAGGACGAUAUGGAUGAGUUCGAAGAAUUGGCGAAAAAGGACGAGAAAAUAUUGGGUUCAGUGGGCUGUACUGACCACGUCGAGGAACGCGGAGGAAACAAGGAAGUUUCGCAGUUGGCAUUGAUGGAGGAAGGGCGUGGGAAAAUCGGUAACUGGGUGGAAGCGCACUAUGGUCAAUCACCAGCACCAGAGGACCGUUGGAAGGAGUCCUGUUUGAGAGAUGUAAACGGGUCCGACAAUGUGAAAGAUGAAGUGCGUGUAUCCGAUAAGACCAGUGGAAGCUUCUCUACUGGUUACAGUGAGGAUGUGAAGGCGAGUAAGAAAGGUGAUCCCUGCGAUAAUAUAGGGCGAUUUUGCUUUCGACCGUGGUCCGUGUAUAAGCAGAUUUCGGCAGUUAUUUCAGGAGUUUGGGCAGUCGGAUUUAUUUGGUGGAUUUUAGUGUGUGCUGGAGUACCCACUGGCAACGACUUGUCGGGUCCGAUCUUUGAAGCAUCCUCCUCACCUGAUACUCAGGGGCUUGCCUCUUUCCCGACCUUCUUUACUCCUAUUGGGUUGGAUUAUAUCGAUGAUGGCUCUGUCGUUGCGACCGAUGGCAUUUCUUCUUGGCCUCGGUCGCCUUACACUCCUUGGAACCCGACUGAUGUGAUCGUUAUGGGCGCGAACGUGAUGGUCGCGAAUGGCACUGAGCUGUUGGUCGAUAGUGCUACUGGUGAGGCUUGGAAGAUGCCGAUCCGGGUUGAUAAAGUUGCAUAUAUAUCAGAAGGUAGAUUAGCUGUAUCUACUCCUGAUAAUUGCCUUUAUCUAUUGCAACGUGAUGACGAUGAUGUUGAUGCUCAAUGGCACCGCACUGCGAAGAUUGGUGAUUACUCCUCUUUCUCUGAUGAUGAUGAUAUUAUAAGUGGUAUUGCAUUUAGUAGAGAUUAUGAUGGUCGCCUGUUGGUGUUGAUGAGAUGUGGUGAUAUUCAUAUAUGGUAUAUGAGUAGUGGUAAAAGGAUAGUCACUCGUCUUAUAUUACCGAAUGUUAAACGUUAUACAGCUAUAGCUACAACAAGAAGAACAACAACCCUAACUAACAAACAACAAGAACAAGAAGAAUACAUUAUGGUCUCUGCACUUGGGAAGGAUCAGCGAGUCCAUCUUCUGAGAGUAAAUGGAGAAGUUACUAAGUUUUUAGAAAAGUAGUGUUCAUAUUAGUCGUGUGUGAUUCCAAUAACCUCUCGGCUGCAUUAGGUCAUGACCACUAUUGGUACCGAUGUUUUUAUAAACUCGCUCAUUCUAGCCUCCCCGCAUUAUUUACUCUAA